AUGAGAAAUGACAAUCCUCCUAAGCCAAAGGCAAAUUUCGUUAAAGGACAUGAUGAUAUAAUUGUAGCAGUCAUUUCUCAAGCUUAUCUUGUGGCCAAUGUGAAAGAAUGGGUGGUAGACUCUAGUGCUACUAGGCAUAUUUGUAAAAUUCUUCUCAAGCUCACAUCUGGCAAGACUUUGGCCCUCAAUGAAGUGCUUCUCAUGCUUAAUAUUAGAGCAAAUUUAAUUUCAGUGGCUCUAUUAGGAAAGGUUGGGGUUAAGGUGUCAUUCGAAUCUGAUAAAUUUGUAAUGACAAAGAAUAAUGUUUUUGUGGGCAAAGGUAAAGGUGGAGGCAUUAGAGCUGGGCGCGGUGUUGGUGGCAAGGCUAAAGGUCGUAUUGGUGGUGGUGGUUCUGGCCCCAAUGGAGGCUUUGGUGUUGGAGGAGGUAUGGGUGGUGGUGUUGGAAGAGGGGGUGAUGGUGGUGGGGGUGGAGGAAAUGGAGUUGGAGGUGGAGGUGGGGGUGGAUUAGAUGGAGGAUUUAGACAUGAGGGUGCUUUGAUGUUGGUGGGGGCGUAG